CGUAAGGCACGGCCCGUCGCUCGGCUGUGGUCGUGGACUCUGGUGCGGCAGGCCUUCGCUUUGUUCCUCGCACACCGCCGACGGAGGCACCUCCUCCGCUUCGCGCCGCCGCGCCUACCUCCGCCGCGCAUGCUCCUCGUGACUCUGCGAGACUCCUUUACUUUACCAUUUUAAAUUAUAUGUUGAGUCAAGUAGCAACCCUGCGCUCGGUCAGACGUAUCGGUCUAGCUACGGUCAACGAAGCCUACCCUGUGAGAUCUCGUACAGCCUCUUCGGUGUCGUUAGAGCGAUCGAACGGGCGUCCGGCCAGUCCUAUUUAGCUUUGCACUCGAAAGCGAGCGCGCGGUAGCACCGGUAUCGAUCUGAACGUUCCGUGAGGCCGUUCGAGUACGACGUUCUCUCGGGAUAUUCGCCUAGCGGUCGCCGUCGGCGCCGGCCUUGCUGCACUGUUUACGCGUCGCACAUAUACCCGUUUAGUUCGCGAGAGUAUGCUCGCUUGAGCUAAUUGAUAACGCGGCGCACGUGAUUGCAAGUGUACGGAAGCUCCAUCAGGCUCUACGCUUUUCUUGAAUCGAUCCGGAGCAGCGAAACUUAUAAAAAAUGGGUUGUUUCUUCAGUAAAGACAAGCUCACCAAGGAGGACAUGGACUUCCUCAAGACUCAUACCUCGUAUGACGAGACCACUAUCAAGGAGUGGUACAAGGGAUUCAAGCAAGACUGCCCGAAUGGUAGGCUGACGCCGGCGAAAUUCGUCGACAUGUACAAGAUGUUCUUCCCAUCUGGUAAUGCGGUCGAAUUUUGUGACCAUGUGUUCAGAACAUUCGACAUGGACAAAAACGGAUACAUAGACUUCAAGGAGUUCCUCCAAGCUAUUCACGUGACCUCUAGCGGCACCCCUGAAGAAAAGCUAAAAUGGGCUUUUCGAAUGUACGACGUUGAUGGGAACGGUGUCAUUGACAUCCAGGAGAUGACUAAAAUAGUCCAGGCUAUUUACGACAUGCUUGGAGCCUGCUCGAGUAACAGGCCUGCUGAUUCCGCCGAAGAGCGCGCUAAAAACAUAUUUGCGAAAAUGGAUGAAAACAACGAUGGGCAGCUCACGCAGGAUGAAUUCCUCAAGGGUUGCCUCCAGGAUGAGGAGCUUUCCAAAAUGCUGGCGCCUUAAAUUGGCCCUAUUUGUAUUUAUUGCUCUACUUUAUAUAAUACCUCUCCAAAUGUCGAGAAUGUCCCUCUGAGCAUUAUCUACUACUACUUUUGCAUUUAUCUCUCUUGUGUCGAUUGUCGCACAUAAUACGUCUGAUGCAACAUAAAUCGUUCACAAAUUAAUAAAAAACGGAUGCAUAUCGAAACAUAUUGCGAUUCAGAAAUUAUUGAUUUACAAAUUAGGCCCUUGAUUUUUUUUUCAAAAUAAAUCAUAAGAAAUUUAAUAUAUUUUUAUUUAACUUCAAAUAAAACAUACCAAUAAUGUACUGCAUACAUAUUUUCAUAGCAUCCGAAUUGAAUACAUCUGGGUUUGCGUUGUUGACAAAGCUCAACGGUUUUCGAAUCGAAUUCGUCCCACUCGCGUUCGUAUGAAAUGCAGUUUGCAUGAUCGUAAAUAUCCGAUCUAAAUAUGUAACGCUGACAUACAUAUAUAUUAUAUAUCCAUGAUGUCGCUAAUCGAACUCUGAUCUAAAUUUGUAGUAUGCAAAGCGUUUGAUCUGCAGUCUUUGCUUUCGAUCAACCUAAAUCUCUGUUCUAAAACCAGAGCGAUCGAUACAUGUUUAUCUACGCAUGAUAGUAUUGUUUGCGUCAAUCUAGACACGCCUGAAUUUAAUACACUUUUUUUUUUAAUUAGUUUAUAGUUUACUAGAUACUACAAAGUCUUUGUUAUAUUAAGUUUAUACUUUAUUACAUAUAGUAUGUAUUUUUUUUUUAUUCUAUAAGUAUUAUGUCCGUACCAUACACUUAUGGAUAAAUCUUCGUAGACUAUUCGGAUAUUCUACAUUAAAGAUAAACUAUUGACUCAUAAUUAAUGGAUCUAUUGCACAAAUAUAAACCAAAGUCAAUCUUACUUUAUUAUUUGAUAGUAUAAGGAAACAAUUAGGAUAGCGGUGAACGGACGGAAAAGAUCAGAAUAGUAGAAUAAUAUCGCAAAACGCAUUUACGCAUUGCACAAACACAUGCACAGACAAUCUGAUCACUUCUAUGGGAGAUUCGAGAUAGGUAUACUCGUAUGUAAGUUUUAUUAAAAUAUUAUGAGUAUUUAACAUCGGUGUUUUAAAUCAUUGAUAUUCGAUGUACUUUCUUCUUGAUCAACAUUGACAUGAUAUUUCAUAGCCGGGCAUAGCUUUUUCAAUUAAUUUAUAGCGUAAUUUGUGUUCUACUUUCUAUAUUCUUUUAUUUUAAAAAGCUUCACGGGACUAGCCCUUUUUCAAUUGAGUUCUGUAUUAUUCUUCUUCUAUCUUUUGGUUUUACAUUCCCCUAAUACUGUGCCUUCUAGAUCUCGAUAAAAUAUAUAUAUACCUAUUACGCAUUCGUCGGGGACUCAUUGGCAAGUUACCGCAUCACACAUACAACGUGAAAACCUAUAUGUGUUGGUCAAAUUAAUUACUAUUUUUUGUAUGUCUAGAAAUAUUUUACUAGCAUCCGAUGUAUUUUCAGAUGUUAGUGAUAUUUGUAGGUGUGCAUAAUAAUAAAAUUUUAUUAAUAGACCAAAUCGCGUGGUUAAGCGUAGGUUGGUGUGGUAUUGUCCGUGGGCUCGCACCGUCGCUCCACUUUUGUUCUCUUGAUUUUUCCUUAAUGCUCCGUUAAAUUUAUUUAAAGAUAUAUUUACGCCAAAUAUAUGCACAAACUCCUUCCAAUAUUGUAGUUAAGUAACCAAAUAUUUAGUGUGUCCUAGUGUCAUAUCUUUUAGAUUGUAUAUUUACUAAACUUUAGAGUAAAGUAAUUAUAAUGUCGCUGAAAUUGUUUUGUAAAUUAUUUUUACGUUUGAUAAAUGUUGCGUAUCCCAUAAAUAUAUUAAUAAAUAAUUUAAAACUCAUUAGUUUUCAGUGCAUAUUAUUUAUUUAUAUGAUAAAGUUGUUAAUGAACAUAAAAGUUACAAGUAGUUACACCGAUACCUUAACCAAUUUUGAUCUCAUUAUAUCAGAGAGUAUUACAGUUAAAAAAUUGCAUUUAAUAAAUUUAUUUAAUAAACUAUUGUCCGAUAAGGAGUUCCGUCUGCUAUCGUAAAAGAUUUUUGUUAGAUCUUUACUACACUUUAACGGGACCAUACCAUCUGGAAGACAUGUCUUGUACGCAUUGCAUAUACUCUUACGUAUAUAAGUGAGUACAUAAUUAUUUAUGUGUUCAUUCAUUAAAUUAUUCAUUAUAAAUUAUCCAUUCAUUAAUUUGAGAAACUCUCUGUAGUCUGUUAAUACAAAAUUUAAUGCAGUCGAACUCAUUUUACUCACUAUAAAUUGAAUAACUAUGUCCCAAAAACUAAUUACGUGUAAGUUUAAAUGACUACAACUUAUUUUUUAACUAUAAGCUUUGUAUUAGUUAAAUCUAGGUACUACAUUUGGUUUCUAUAAUAUUUGGUACAAUUUUGAGUGAUGCACUGAAAACUAAGAUUACAACAUUCAUUUAUAUAAAAAUAAUACAUUCCAUAAAUGUUUUUAUUUAUGUAAGUUUUGAAUUAUCCUAGUUAUUAAUGUAUAUAAUGCACUUCGCUUAUUACUUUCAAUACCAUUUUAUGAUAUCCUAAAGUCUUUAAUCUUAAUAUUAUAAACAAGAUAUGUAUUUAAAAUUUACCUAUAUGCUAUCCAUUUUCCAUAAGAACAAUCAAAAAUUUAUAUUAACCAUACAAAUGACAUUAAAUAUUUUCCUGGUUAUUGAGGUUAACGUAUGUAUCUAAUGAGUAAAGAGAAAUUAUAAAGUCAGGUGGAAUUAAAAAAUAACAUGCAUUUUAUUAUUAAAAUUUACACGAGCUUUAAGCUCGUACAUCAUAUGAGUAAAAAUUCCCUUUGUCCAUAUUCUAUUUGUACUUGAAAUUAGUGUUUAUUCACUUAAUACCUGCGACGAUUUUAUUUAUUAUAGUCUGCGAAUGUUUCUUUUUUGUUUAUUGACGUCUGUUAUUUUAAGUUAACAAAACGUUUUUCUUUUGUUUAUUCGUAGUAAAUCAGCAAAGAAAAGACUUUGACAUGGUCUCACAGAUCGUCUAAAGUUAUUGAAAAAUACCUGGUCGUCAUGGUCUAUAUCUUUGUGUGGUUGUUUUAUUCUUUCUCUGUUGUCACACACUUAAUUAUUUUCCUUAGGUACUCUUUUAUAAUGUCUAGUUGUUUACUCUUAAUUCUUCCUCUCCUCAUUUUGCCACAUUCUUCUAGUUACGUCAAUAUGUCCAAAAUCGUGUAAUUUUUAUAAAACGUGGUAUAACUAAACUUAAUAAUAAUCAAUCAAUAAAAAUAAGGUUUAUUUUAUAAAACCCCGCAAUUUUAUUUCCGAGAAAUAUCUUAGAUAAAGACCUUGUAGUACGAAUCAAUCGGACAUUUAACAAAAGUAGUAAAAUUUAAUACAAAAUACAGAUAUAUAAGUAUAACCUAUUAUUUUACACCAGGUAUACAGAUGCGGGUAACUUAGAACAGAGCCUACAUACAUUCCCAUAAGUCCGUGUGACAUAAAAACUAAAAAAACUAAUGUCCAAAUCACAGAACAGAAAACGCUUUUGUGUAUUUUUAAUUCCGUGGUCCAAAUAUACAAAUAGUAAUCUUUUACUUGAUAUGGUUUAGGUUACCCUUUAUUUAUUAUUAUAAAAUUCAAAAUGUCCCUACAAAAGGCCUAUGUCCUGCAGUGGACGUCCAUCGGCUGAUAUGAUGAUGAUGAUGAUAAAAUUCAAAGCAUUUAUUUUAAGUAGGCUUAAUUUACAAGCACUUUUUAACAUCAAGCUUAACUCUUUGUAUAGACUCUACCACAGAUUCGGAAAACAGGAUCUUCUGAAAAGGGCAAGAGAAUCAACUCACAAAACUAUCUCGAUUCAACAACAAGAAAACUUGUGCUAAACACUUUACGACUCAAGUUCAUGCUGAAAUUGAAAUUGAAAAUGAAAUUGUCUAGAUUCUCGUAAAAACGCGGGGUUUAUCGCAUUUAUUAAGUGAAUAGGCACCUUGUGUCAAAUAUUUUCAUAUCUCUGCGUCGACAUACUCGUAGUAUAUGUACCUACAUAAUUUGUACACUGGUUAGAGGAAAGAUAAAUUUAACUUACUUACUAUACCUACUGUCAAUUGUAUACUCUGUGGUCUUUAUAUUUUAGAAUAAGCUAUAUGCGUGUGCGGAUAUUCUUUUCUUUUUAAGUAGUUUUUAUAAUAAAACACUUUUAUUUAUGUCAAUUCCUUAUACUAAGUUAAUUUAUUAAGUUAACUGUAUAGUUAUGAGAAAAACAGCACAUUUUUUCUGUUCAAUUAAUAUAGGUAAUUUAAGUACCACAUUGUUUAAAUAUUCCUUUUUUUAAUCCAGCACGUGUAUCCGAAUUUACAUUUAUCUCUUGUAUAAAGACUUAAACAUGAAAGUGAUGGCCCAACGCGACUGCAUUUAUUAUAGAGAUUAUGACAGUUGUCGAUGGAGAGCUUAAAAUUGGACUCAAUUAUUUUCAAUACCAGUAAUAGUAACCAAAACCGUCACAGCAGAGCAAACAAUUGCUCGAGCAAUUUUCCUACAAUUAAGGACGAUUACCAUCUAUUUAAAAUAAAAUUAUAUAUAGAAUUCAAGAUAUGAAACUCAACGAAACAAAUCUUACACAUAUUUAAAAUCAACCAAUUUUAUUUGGGAUAUUUGCCCAAAUCUGCGAGCACAAUGAAAGGGUAAAUCUGCAGUGACAGUUAAUUUUGAAGAAGUUUAUACAAUACAAUAAGGAAGUCUAUUUUGUUAUACAAAGUUUGCUUACUAAAUUACAUGUAUUCUCUUAAAAAAAUAUGUUUAAUUUGUGGUACGAAUCAAUGGAACACAUAACACAAAAUAGUAAAAUUUAAGGCGCAGUUCAGAUUACCUAUUAUUCUUAUACCGAGGUAUUAUAUCCAACAAUUUUAUUACCGUUCAGGAAAUUUACUAUGUAGUUAAAUUAGUCUUCCUAUUGUAAUAAUUAGAAUUGGAUAUAUUUUAAAGUAUUGCUGCCAAUAUUGAUUUGUAUGCUGUUGUGAAAGAAUUCCGAAAAUGUAUGGAUUAAAUUAAUUAUUUUUUUAAGUUGUCAAAUCAAUUUGUGUAAGAUUUGGUGGCUCCUACUAACUCAGGUCACUUACGAAUAUUAUAACGUAAUGUAUAUCUAUUUUGUGUAUGGUAUUAUUUAAAUACUUGUGCGAUAUUGUGAAUAUAUCAAGGUUUGAUAGUAAACAGUUGGCUCAAUAGAACUUGUAAACAAAAACUUGUGUUUUCUUUCAGUCAUACAAUCAUACUAUUGGCUCAAUUAUAUUUUCAGUAUAUAACCUGUAUAUUCACGUAUCAUUAACAACAGUAUUAUUUGAUGCUGUUAAAUUAAUGUCUUAUGUACAUGUCUUAUAUGUCGUUAGUUUAUGUUUGCAAUAUUGCGCUUUUUUUUUGUUAUAGCGAUGUAAUAAGCAUUCAGAAAUCUCUUAUAAGUACUGUACACAGUCCAAAUUGAAUUUGGCAAAAUUAAGAGCUAUCAAUACUUUAUAUCUAUUAGAUGAUAUUUACAUGAAUGUGUAACUUUAUUUUCCUUUCUUCGAGUCUGUAUGUCUAGACAAAACCGGAUGCUCAGUGUUAUUAUUUUCAGUGGACCUCAAAGUCUGAGUAACAUUUUUUAAAUAUUUACCGUGCUACUAUGUACACACGUUUAUAACGUUUUCAAUUUUGCAAUGUCUUAGAUAAAUGUCAGUGUUUCCAGCAUCAUUAGUAAUAUAAUAGGCACAUGUAAUAGAUGAAAAAUUAACAUUGUCCCUAAAAGUAUUGUUUUUCUAUGGAUACAUGUUUUUAAUGACUCACAUUUUGCCUAUUCAUGUAUAAUAUACAAAUUAUAAAAAUA